AAGGGAAGCCGGGCCUUUCUUCUUCCCUUCCUUCCCUUCGCAGAGGCGGAGUCUCUUCAAUCAGCCGCAGAAGCAACAGCAGCAGCACAUCCGGAUUAAGCGUAAGGAGCCUCUCCUGAUCUGCCAACAGAGAAAGGGGGAGAUACGCCCCCCCCCCGUUUGCAACAUAGUACGUUCCAGGCUCCGAACUCUCCCCUCGCAGGUGGAUCGGAGUUUGUCAAAAUCAACUGUUCCUGGAGAAGGGGAAUAACUUCAGGCUUCUAGGCAGACAAGCUGCAGAAGUUUGGAUUGAUUUUGCUGUUUACAAGAUUUCCUCCCUGAAUAAAUGAGAGUCAAAUUGCUCAACUUAGGCCUGUUACAGACAGCCAAAAUAAAGCUGCUUCGAGUCACAGUGGAGGUGCUGGUGAGCCUCUGAAAAGACUUCAGCCAUGGAGCAGUGGGUGUACCUGGACCCACGUCAGAGGGCCUUGUAUCGAGAUGUCAUGCAGGAGAGCUACGAGACAAUAAUGUCAAUUGCUGCUGAUAAAUUGCUGAACAGUAGUAACAAUGAGGAGGAUGAGGAUGAUGAGGAUGAAGAGGAAGAAGAUGAAGACUCAGAGGAGCUGCGACCAGGCACAUCUCAAAGCUCCCCCAGGCGGGUCCAGGCCUUGCCUCACCAGGUCACACCUCAGCUGCAGAAAAUCAUCCCAGUGGUGAAGAAGGACAAGGCCACCCAGCGUGGCCAUGCUCUGAAGAAAAGCCUAGAGAGCCGCUGCUCAGAUUGUACAAGGACCCUACACACUGCCAGUAGGGGCCGCCAGCGGAGCGAAGCUAAUGCUGCCCGGGAGAAACCUUUUCAGUGCACGGACUGUGGGAAGAGCUUCAUUUGGAGCUCACACCUGGAGCGCCACCGGAGGAUGCACACUGGGGAGAAGCCCUUCAAAUGCCUCAACUGUGGGGAGGCCUACAGCCAGAACUUCCACCUCCUCCAGCACCGCUGCUCCCAGUUGAUAGAGAAGCCCUUCAAGUGUGCUGAGUGUGGGAAGCGCUUUGCCCAGAGCUCUGCCUUGGAGAACCACCAGAAAGGCCACACAGCCAUUAAGCGCCAUAAGUGCACCGACUGUGGAAAGUGUUUCAUUUGGGCUUCCCACUUGGAGAGACACCGGCGAGUUCAUACGGGUGAACGGCCCUUCAAGUGUCCCGAAUGUGGUGAGACCUAUAGCCAGAGUGCCCACCUGGCCAAGCACAGGCGGAACCACAUGGGCGAGCGGCCUUACAACUGCCCAGCCUGUUGGCGAAGCUUCGCUCUGAUCUCAGAGCUGGAGGAGCAUAAGAAAACCCACCUGGGCUGUGAGGACUGUGGGAAGGUCUUCCGGAGCCGUCAAACACUGAUGCGGCACCAGCGGGGGCACCGACGAGAGCGUACCCACCUAUGUGAGGAGUGUGGGAAGGGGUUCGUGUGGGCCUCUCACCUGGAACGCCACCGCCGGGUGCAUACUGGGGAGCGUCCCUUUCCCUGUCCCACUUGCGGGGAGAAGUUUGCCCAAAAGGUCCACCUCCUCCAACACAACAAGACGCACUCGCAUACGCGGCCCUACAAGUGUGGGGACUGUGACAAACGCUUUGGGGACAGCUCGGCAUUCCUAGCCCACCAGCGGGGCCAUGCCAUGGAGAAGAACCACAAGUGCCAGUACUGUGGAAAGAGCUUUGCCUGGAGCUCCCACCUGGAGAGGCACCUGAGGAUCCACACAGGGGAGAAGCCCUACAAAUGCCCUGACUGUCCUGAGCACUUUAGCCAGACCUCCCAACUCUUCAAGCAUCAGCGCAGCCAUCUGGGCAAGAAGCCCUAUAAGUGCAACGAGUGCGGGCGCAGCUUUAGCACCACCCUGGAGGUCAUCAUCCACCAGCGGACCCACUUUGGGACCAAGGCCUAUCGCUGCUCCAACUGUGGGAAGGGCUUCACUCGCCGGGCCAAUCUGAUCAAACAUCAGAGGAGCCACAUGAAGGAGAGCCCCUGAAGAACUGUGGCGCUGGGCCUAUGGGGAGUGUAGAGGGCACCUGGCUUCUCCUCGACCAAACAAUCUAGACGCCCCAACAAGAGAGCCCUUCUUCUGUAUGUUCUGAUUAUGGGGAGACUCCUGUGUUUCAUCUUGCUCUUGUGGCAGCACCAGAGUAACUUGCAGACAGUCGAGGAAUAUUUUGGAAACAAGAAAACGCAUAGUUAACCAACAGGGAGCUCAUUGAAAAUGCCUUGAUGGAGUGGUGCAGCUGACAUCAGCCUUUUUCUUCUUUCCAUUUUCUGUUUUUUCUGUUUUGGAUAGAAGACCAAUCAAGGUUCUUGGUUUUUGGUUUUUUUAAAAAAAGUAACCAUGUCCUUUGUGGAAUUGACCCAGAUACAGAAUCUGCCUGGAUGUCUGAUUAGCAAUUUGUUUGACACUGUAUAUAGAAAUAUACCCCAGUUUUGGGAAAACAAAGAAGCUUUACUGGCUGUUCAUCCCUAUAUUACAGAUCAGAAAUCUUGCCUAAGAUAGACCAACUCCCUUCUCAUACCCCCUUUAUAAUUUUGAACUUUGGAUAACAAAAGCUUUAACAAAUGCCACGGACUGACCUCCAGACCUUAAAUGCCUGACAGGCAGAUUGAGACUUUACUAGAUACUAGAGAAUCCAUGUGGGGGUGGAAAAAUGAAAUUUCGGCAAGCCUCUUGAAUGCAGAGAUCAUUCUUUAUGGACUUACUUAGCUCUAAGAAUUAUAAUGAAUGGUGGCCCCAUGACAAAUGUUCUUGUGAGGCUGGCCAGUAAUGCUUGGAGAGCAUUACAUGAUACAUUAAUACACGAUUGUCCAGGUUGUCUUCAUGUAAAAUGACAGCAUAUACGAACAGUGUGGCUUCCCGAAUAGCGAAGCCCCAGUUAGUUUCCUAUCAUUCUUGGAGUCCCAACUACUCCCCACUCCGGCUUACCAAGAAGACUUCCAAAGCCAGAAAUUCCUGGAGACUUUUUUUUACCAUGAACUGAAAAACAAAAACAGAAUUGGUGGCGAUAUUUGACUGCUCCCCAGUGUGCAGACUGGGAGAUGAGCGAGUAUGGAGCUUAGGUGCCACUGUUUAACUGUGAGGGCCUGUUUCUGGUGCUUUUAUUCCUUAAAGCUUUUGGUGUUUUGUCACAGGGGUGAAAAGGUGUGUAGGAGAAAAAGCUAGUGUGGGUUGGAUGAAGCAAAAGGGCUGAGCGAGGGAAGAAGAUGCCAAAGGUUGAAUGCCACAUACUGAGGGACAAAAACCCAUGAGAAGCUAAAGGGGAACUGAGCUUUGAUAAAUAAGAAAAUGCUGAGUGUUGUUUGGUAAUUGGAUAUUUAUCAGGAUUUGAAUCCAGAGCCACUAGCCUCUCUUUGUAUGUUAGGCAAUCAAGCCCAUUAACAGUCUAUAUACCCCACCCCUCUUUAGAUUUAUAAGUGACUAGAUCACAUUUCCAAGAGUCUGGGCCUUCCUGGAAUAAGUAUUGUGUUUUUAAAAAAAGAAAUGUGGAGGGGGAGAGAAAGAGAGACACUCGGAUCUAACAGGAAAAAAAGGUCACAUAUUUGAUUGUCUGGGAGAGAUCAAAACUCACAAAGAAGCCUUGCUUUGGUUGGAAAACAAACUUAGAAAUGUAAUGAAUACUGGGUAGAAGGCUGUCCCGCUGGGAAGAAAAUAUGGAAACCAGCAUCUUGUCAUGCAGGAUUAAUGCAUGAUCCACUAAACAACUCCACUGAGGGUGUGAGUGUACAUGGAAGGCUAUGGGAGAGAAGAUGGAAAGGCUUUGCUGAAAAUCUGGGGCAGCCCCACAGUGGAGUUGGGAGGUCUUGUUUGGGAGGACAAGUGAGGUAUUACUACUGAUUGAGGCUGAGAACAGUGGGAUACUCUCUCAGCUUAGGGGAACCUUACCUGCUUUAUGGCAGGGGAAGGUGGUCACUAGAAAUUCUGCCCUUAAGUUCUUUUGGGCUGUAGAGGAUGUCUAGAUUGCCAAGACUAGGGUCCAAAACACAUUGCAGAAACCAUCCAGUUUGAGACCGCUUUAUCUGCCCUGGCUCAGUGCUGGGGAAUCCUAGGAACUGUAGUUCAUUGUGGCACCAGAGCUCUCUGACAGAAAAGGCUAAAUGUCUUGCAAAACUAUAGUUCCCAGGAUACCUUAGCAUUGAACCAGGGCAGAUAAAGCGGUCUCAAACUGGAUGAUUUCUGCAGUGUUUUGGGCCUAUGGGACUUAGGAAGUGAGGACCUCUGCAGCCUGGGAAGGUUAUAUUUUUUUAACCAGCAUGGCUGCUGACCAUGAGUUGUCAACCAAAACAGUAACUUGACCAAGCUUUGUGAGAUACUGUGGCGGGCAGUGGCCUUUCCCCUCACUGCUGAGGGAAGUUGUUGUCUCACCGUAUGGCUAUGCCGCCUUCCAAUACUGCUCUCCCACCACCUACCUCAGAGGAUAGGCUAAAAAAGUCCAUCUCUCACCCCUUUCCUGACAUUUUUGCAGCAGAGAGACCUGCCAAGGAAUGGCAGCCUUGCCUGGCAGCAGGAGGGUGGUCUUGGCAAUGGCGCUGCUGCAAAAUUUGCUGUGCCAGUAGUGCACCAAUGCUGUUGAGAACCACAGGUUCCUCUGGACACAGCAAGGAAGUGGAGUACUGUGGAGGGGAGGCCUCACCACCCAGAGCGAGCUCCUUGGCUUCUAUUACUGUAUCCUGGUCCCUUUUAUCGUUGUAUCAGCCUGUCCCUCCCAGCCAGCUCUUUUGCUGUUGUGCCCCAUUUCUGUCAGAGGUUUAUUUAUGGUACUUUAUUUUUGGGGGGGGGGGGCAGAAUCUUGGCUGCAGUGUGCUCCUGUUGAUUUUCCUCCUCCUCCCCAACUUUCUUUCCUCUUUUCAUUUUCAUCCAAAGGAAGCAAGUGUCUUUUUUGUUAUUGUUGUUGUUGUUUAGGUCCCUCUCCUUCCCCUCUUCUCAACUGACAUAUAGAGGAAUAAAAAUAAAAAUAAAUUCUAAGCUCUGAUUUCUGUGUUGUUGGUUAGGAGUAAUAAAGUUUUAAAAUAUAG